GCCGCCCCUCGGGCAGCUAGGUUUCGUUUCCUUGGCGGCCUCCCGGCGAUCUCGCGGCAGACGCGGCCAGGCUCCCCGCGCGUCCUGUCGGGCUCCCUCCCCCAGGAGCGCCAUGGCGGAGCUGUGCCCCCUGGCCGAGGAGCUGUCGUGCUCCAUCUGCCUGGAGCCCUUCAAGGAGCCGGUCACCACGCCGUGCGGCCACAACUUUUGCGGGUCGUGCCUGGACAGGACGUGGGCCGUCCAGGGCGCGCCCUACCUGUGUCCGCAGUGCCGCACCGGCUUCCAGACGCGGCCGCAGCUGCACAAGAACACGGUGCUGUGUGCGGUGGUGGAGCAGUUCCUGCAGGCCGAGCAGGCCCAGCCCGUGCUCCCCGACGACUGGACGCCGCCCGCCCGCGCCGCCGCCCCCAGCCCGGCCGGCCAGGUGGCCUGCGACCACUGCCUGCAGGCGACCGCCGUCAAGACGUGCCUGGUGUGCAUGGCCUCCUUCUGCCAGGAGCACCUGCAGCCGCACCUCGACAGCCCCGCCUUCCGGGACCACCCGCUGCAGCCGCCCGUCCGUGACCUGAUGCGCCGCAAGUGCCCCCAGCACAACCGGCUGCGGGACUUCUUCUGCCCGGAGCACAGCGAGUGCAUCUGUCACAUCUGCGUGGUGGAGCAUAAGACCUGCUCGCCUGCGCCCCUGAGUCAGGCCAGCACCAACCUGGAGAACAAGUUGAGGCAUAAACUGACUGUCAUGUACAGUCAGAUCAACGGGGCAUCGAAAGCACUGGAGGACGUGAGAGCCAGGCAGCAGGACAUGCGGGAGGCUGCGCAAAGGAAGAUGGACCAGCUUAGACAAGAAUACAUGGAAAUGAAGGCUCUCAUUGAUGCCUCAGAGGCCAGCGCUGCACGAAAGAUCAAGGAAGAGGAGAAGAGGGUCCACAGCAAGUUCGACAGCAUUUACCAGAUCCUUCUCAAGAAGAAGAGUGAGAUCCAGACCCUGAAGGAGGAGGUGGAGCUUGCCCUGACUAACGGGGACGAGUAUGAGUUUCUGGAGAAAGCAGCAAAACUGCAAGGAAUCACAACAAAGCCAGUCUACGUCCCCAAGGUGGAGCUGAAUCAUGAGCUGAUAAAGGGUGUCUGUCAGGGCACCUCUGAGCUCAAAAAUGAGCUGAAGCGGUACCUCAAACAGACCCAGGACAAGAAGCCUGAGGAGCUCACCGUCCCAGGGGACCCUGGAGGACAUGGCCCGCCGCAUACACCGAAACCCACACGGCCUAUGAAGAAGGUCCCAAAAGACGAAAAGAAACCCAAGAAACCUCCCCCAGCCGUUGCCUUACCCGCCAAGCUUCCCACCUUCGGAGCCCCGGAACACGUAGUGGAUCUCAAACAGACGGGCCAGGAGGCUGCAGCCAAAGUCCCCGCGGAGCAGCCGCCCUCUGCGUCUCUCGUUACCAAGGUGCUGGAGAACUUCCUCACCAAGUCCAGGCCUGAGCUCUUGGAGUAUGCUGUUAAAGUCAUCCUGGACUACAACACAGCCCACAACAAGGUGGCUCUGUCUGAGACCUACACUGUAGCCUCUGUGGCUGACGUAUCCCAGAACUACCGACCACAUCCCCAGAGGUUCACAUACUGCUCUCAGGUGCUGGGCCUGCACUGCUACAAGAAAGGGAUCCACUACUGGGAGGUGGAGCUGCAGAAGAACAACUUCUGUGGGGUGGGCGUCUGCUACGGCAGCAUGGAGCGGCAGGGCCCCGAGAGCCGGCUUGGCCGCAACAGUGCCUCCUGGUGUGUGGAGUGGUUCAACACCAAGAUCUCUGCCUGGCACAACAACGUGGAGAAGACCCUGCCCUCCACCAAAGCCACGCGGGUCGGGGUGCUUCUCAACUGCGAUCAUGGCUUCGUCAUCUUCUUCGCCGUGGCUGACAGGGUCCACGUGUUGUACAAGUACAAGGUGGACUUCGCCGAAGCUCUGUACCCGGCCUUCUGGCUCUUCUCCACAGGUGCCACGCUCUCCAUCUGCUCCUCCAAGUAGUCAGGCGGCAGAACUCGGCCUGACGGCUUGUGCAGUGCCCAGGGCUCUAGUGAAAAGGCUGCAGGUGGAACUCGCGGAGAGCUUCCUGAGCGUCCCCAAGGGCUGGAAGGGUGGGAGGGGAGCUGGGGAGGGUGGGAGGAUGGAGAGAUGGGAUAAGAGGAUGGCUUUGGCCAAGGAAAGGGGGGGCAGUGAUUUUGUUAUGGGUGAGGAAGCUUCCCACUUCCUGGUGCCCUGCAGGCAGGAUGACCGCCCCCCUUUUUCUGGUAGAUCUCCAGGCUGGAUGCCCAGCGGGCAGGAUGACACCCCUGCCUUGUUCUGGUAGAUCUCCAGGCUGGAUGCCCAGCAGGCAGGAUGACCCCCUGCCCUUGUUCUGGUAGAUCUCCAGGCUGGAUGCCCAGCAGGCAGGAUGACCCCCUGCCCUUGUUCUGGUAGAUCUCCAGGCUGGAUGCCCAGCAGGCAGGAUAACAUCCCCCCCCCCUUGUUCUGGUAGAUCUCCAGGCUGGAUGCCCAGCAGGCAGGAUAACACCCCCCCCUCCUUGUUCUGGUAGAUCUCCAGGCUGCUGGGCAGCUGGGCGGGGCUUUAGGAAGUGAAGUCAUUAGUGUCCCUCUCCACUUGGAAAUCAUCUGUAGCCACUGUGCAUUCUUCCUUAGGCCUCUGGGUGUCUGCCUCUUUGCUCUCUGGAAUAGCCUUCAGCUCUUGGAGUUUUGAUGACUCUUCUGUAGAGCUAUUCAACUCUAUAGAUUUUUUAAAAAAUUCCAAAGUCAUUGAAUUUCAAUAUUACUCUCCACUACCUACAUGUGGGAGUUGGGGUGAAUGCUUAGACUUCUGGUUAUUUUCUGUGCUUGAGAGAAGCAACCCACAACAGGUCUCCAUUCAGACCAAAAUUUCCCAAAGAAGUAUGUCCUUUUCCUCCACUGUUUUCCCUUCCUGUCUUAGACCUCAUUGCCCCAUCCAUGGUUUUAAAAUGUUUAGUCCAACAGGAACCUUUUUAGUCUUAAGAUUUCAAACCAUAAUCUGAAUCAGCCUGUGUUGGAUUUGUGAUUCAGGGUCACGGUGACCCAGGUCCCAUGUGGCCAGAAACCCCUCCCACUCCCAUAUAUCAUGAAAGGCAUCUCAGCAGAGAUGCCUUGGCUGAAGCCAUGGAGCCUUGUUCCCAUAGCCCAGGCUUUGGGGCAAGGGUCUUCACUAGGCAAGACGGACCCUGACUGUUUGCAGUUGGUGGUUUUGCUCUUGUUAGAGCAUCUUGCCUUCUUACUGAUCACUCUUCUCAGUGAUAGCUUCCAUUCCCUGGGUUGUGAGAUUUUGCACUGGCUGGUGGAGAUACCACCUUGGCCAGCAUCGUUGAAUGGUCAGCUAAGCCUGCUACCACGCACACAUGCCAGGUGUGGCUACCUCAGGGACCAUACCAGGUCAUCUGCUGGGGUGCCUAUCUGUGGCCAGAAGGGCCUUCUAGCAGGUCCAUGGGAAACAGCAACAUUCCUGUUCAACCCAGCACUGGUCCUUGCGUGAGUCAGAGGCCUGUCACUGGCCCUAGCCCUUUCUACUCUCUUCCUCGUUUGAGCCAGCUUCAGAUGUAGGAAUUGACCAGGCAAAGGGUCAAGAAGACUUAAGGACCAGGGAGGAAACAAGUGGCCAGGCUUAAGCACAAGGGGCUAUUUUUCCUUCGGUGUUUCUGUGCAAGGAAAAUAACCCCAGUCCACUGGGGGAUGAAUGGAUUGCUGGAAUUUCCCGAGUGCCUUAUAUCCUGACGUUGCCAGGAUGUAAGUUCUCAUCCCCAAAGUGUGGGAAAUGUAACUUCUUGUGGUGAAACAUGUCCUGCUCUGGGCUUUCCCAAGAGGAGCGCUGAGGUCAGGCUCCUUGUGCUAUGGAAGGGACAACGAUACCACUGGAGAUGGGGACCCCAGGCCUUUCCAUGUGGAUGUUUGACAAGUUAGCAUCUCAGGUCUUGUGCUGGGCCCCUGGGACACUCGUGUCAGCCCCAGAGCACUUGAUAUUCCUGACAGAUAUGUUGAGCUGUGUCACUUCCCAACAAGAACUUUCACUUCCUUGGGAGAGAAAUCAUCUUUGUAGGGAAGAUCCCCCGGCAGCAGAUGAAAUGUGUGUGGGAUGUUUUGGUUGUUUUUUUUUUUUUUUUUUAAAGUUUUCUUCCUUUGCUACUGGGAAGAAAAGUUCUUUGGUGAUUCUUCUCAGCUUUUGGUGAUGGUCCAAAAGAUACUCAUUGGUCUCUGGAAACCAAAGCCUUGUUAGAAGCAAGUUUAUACUUGGGAAACAGCUGGGUUGAGAAGAGAGCGCUGAAGAUUAUACUGUGGGUCCUGCUCCUGUUUUUCUGCAGAAAUGCAGCCGAGAGGGCUGUUCCCUGAUGAUUGGUUAUCCAGCUCAGGAAAGGGAAGCAUGAGACCCUCUGUUGAUGAGAGGCAGGCAGGUGACCCAAGCCGAACCCUGUGCGGGUUCUUUGGAGACGUGAAUUGGGUACACCCUUGCUGUCUCAAACCAUUCUGUUUUUACAUCCCCUCCCUUGCCUUGUGGGCCCGGUGCCCCACACUAGAGUCCUAGAGUUGGGGGGAACUUUGUAUUCAUCUGACUUCCAGUUUGGCAGAGCAAGUCAGAUGGGGAGGUAUUGGAUGAUUACACUCACCACUCUUGCCAUCCCAUCAUAGAGGAGUUGCCUCCUUAGAUGCCCCUGGUACCCUGGGGGAGGGUCAGAACUUCCCAGAUACACAGACAUAAAAAUACUCUCCCAACCCAGGUAUCAGGGGCUGUCUCAAUCACUCUGGCGUGAUAAACUAAAAGUUGGGGUCAAGUUACUGUUAUUACUCCAGUGCUGGUUGAUUGGUUCCCCUGUUAUAAUUACUUUGAAAUGGGUCUGUGAUCUAUAGCUAAUAAUUAUAUGUUAUUCCUUGCCUUAUUCUGCCCCACCCCCUACUGAUUUUAAUUAAUUAGUAUUUAAGCUUAUAUUCUUGUGCUUAUAUUUUUAAGAGCUGAUUCUUUUGGAGAUGAUCAGGGCUGUAGGCACAGAUGUUUUGAAACCCAUGAGAAAUACGAGGGCCAAGGCUGGCGGACGUGCCUUAGAAACUUUGAAUGCAAUAAAGCAGCAUUUGGUAUUGUUUCACACAUGGCAGUGUGUGUAGAAAGUAAUUCUUACCUGUCAUACUGUCUCAAACCAUUGAGGUGUCCAAGGGCCUCUGGCGCCUCCCCCCACCCCCCAGCUGCCUGGAGAUUGAGAUUUCAGCAGAACUAUAGCCCAUUUGAGGCUGCCAUGGGUUGGCAGCCCCUCAGAAAGCUUUUGACAAAGAAAUCUCAGCCAGAUAGGAUGUCCUUCUGGACUUUGCAUCAGGAUAAUCUGAGGAUGAGGGUGAGGAGGAAAGGAACGGGUAUGAGUGAAAAGGUAAAUAAACCACAGUCGGGUCAUCAGGGAAACAACGAUGGAAAUGUGAGGGUUCAUUGUAUUAUUCCUUCUACUGUUGCCUCUGUUUGAAAAUUUCUAUAAUAAAAAGUUAAAAAAUGAAACAAAAACCAGCCAGCAGUGGGCCCUGUUCAUGGAUUUUAUCCUUGUUUGAAGAGGGGUAGAAAUUGUGGGAGGUGUGGAUUUG